UCGAAUCCAUGUGAUAUUUAUAUUUUAUCAUGGGUAGUGUAGAUAAUGAUUACGAUUGGGAAUAUGUCGCGCCACAAUAUGUAGAUUUUUCGACAAAUCCACUGGAAGAAGCAGAUAAUCCUGACGGCUGGUUUGAUGCUCCCUCUAUUGAGUGUAUUGAGGAAGAGUAUUUAGAAGAAGAUGAAGAUUAUAAUGUCUGUAAUGGUGUUGAUGUGAUAGAGGAUGCUGAAAAGGUUGCUACCCCAACAACAGAAACAAGAAGGCUGACCAGAUCCUUUGCUUCCACGCCUCUCAAUGAAAAGGGACUACCAGAGGCAUCAGAAACUAGGAAGACACCAUCAUUGCGAAGUACACCUGCAAGAACACCAAAAAGAACACCAUCCAGAAGUAGAGAAGCUACCAGUCCAGACCUUCCUGCUAAAACUGAUACUGAAAUAAAGGAUGAGACUGUGACCUCGUCUGAACCUGUGGUAACGAAAAACAUCUGUACAAAUCUGACACAGUGGAGAGCGAAGAGCAAGAAAGAACCAUCACAGACAGUCAAGAGUAACAACAAACCUCUGCCAGCUAGAAUCAAGAAACAACCAACAAAUGGAGGUAACAGUUCAAAGCCUGUCCAAAAUCCAGAGCAGCGGGGCAGAUCAACAACACUGAAACGAUCAAGUUCAUUCAGGCGAUCUGCAGACACUGCUAAUGCACUGGAGGAGAAGUCAAGCAGUUUGAAGAGAUCAAAUACUAUGAAAAGAUCUACCAGCCAAAAACUUGAUAAUGUAUCAAGUUCAUCUCUUGAUAAUAGUAACUCAAAACGAAACCAUUCACGUGGCCGAUCUGUGGGACGUGCCAACUCUUCAGACAGACAAACACGUCAGAGAUUGAACUCUAAUAGCUCUGAUACAAAGGAGGACAUAACAGCUCCAGCUUCUAAGAUGCCAAAACUUACAAUCCCUAACACACCAACCUUUAUGAAGAGGAAGCCUGGUCCGAAAGUAAAUUCAGAACAGUACAAGAAAGCUGAGGAGAGAGAGCUGGAAACUAUUGCCAUGAUGAGAAAUGAGUUAGCUAAAAAACGUAAGCUAGCCCAAGAGUCGUAUAAGAAAGCCAUGACUGGCUCGGCAUGUCAACCUGUUCAAGCCCAUAAAUUACCAACAAGACCCACAGAAUUCCAGUUCCAGACAGACAGCCGCAUUAAAUCUACUCAUGCAAUGGAGACCCGCAGUGAGAGCAAAGAGAAAGACUUUGUAGAAAGCCUUCGUUCCAGCAGUACAACUAAGACCUCUCCUCUACAUGCAGCAAACCAAAAAGGCCCCACCAUCCCCAAGCCAUUUAAACUGACAGAUUGUAAGAAGCGUAAGCUUGGCAGUAUGGAGGACCUGUCUAAAGCUGAUACCUACCAGAGUAUGGCUGAAAAAGUAAAGGCCUUCCAUAGGCAGACACCAGAUCGCUUCAGAACAAGGGGUCGUGUUGGCAGUGCUGACAGAGGUGAAGGUACCCGAGGCAGAUCAAAAUCACCAAAGAAAGUAUUGACUCUUCCAAAGACUCCACAGUUUGAGACACGAGGAAGAACUCGAUCCCAUCACAUACCAACCCAACAGGAGAGGGAGGAGGAGGAAGUUCAAGAGAUGCUCAUGAAUCAAUUCAAAGCUCAUCCUGUGAAUGAAAGGAUUUUGACAAACCCAAACACAGGUGUAAGGAAAGUGGCAUCUAAACCUUUAACCAACCCCGAGGAGUUCCACUUAACAGCCGCAGACAGGCGGACACAGGACAGUUCUACAGAAGAAGAGAAAUUUGAAUUUCAUGCCAAACCAGUACCUAAAAAGAUACUAGAAGGCCCUGUGGGAUUAAAACCAGCAAAAGUAUUGGCUCCAACAAUUCCUAAGUCACCUGCCUUUGCUUUGAGGAAUCGUGUACGGAUGCCUGCUGAGUUAGAGGAAUCUCAGAAUGAACCUCAAAAAGUCAAGGCUAAUCCAGUGCCUCAUGCGGGAGUACCAUUCCAGCCAAAGCUUGGUCAUAAGAGUACUAUUCCUGAGCCUUUCACGUUCGAGGAGAGGGAUCAAUUUGUGAAAGCAAAGAAGGAAGAAAAGAUCAAGGAAAUAUUGGAAGAAGAGAAAAGAGCACGGGAAUUCCAAGCUCAAAGUUGUCCAGGUCAAACAGGUGAUACACUUCCUGAAAAACACACGAAACCUCCAACAAGACCUCAGCCCUUCAACUUUGACAUCGACAGUAGAGGAGCCAAACGGGCAGAGGAGUGGAGUCGUAAGAUUGAGGAAGAGCUAAGACAACAGAGGCUCCAAGCCACCUUUAAGGCCACCAACAGUGAUGUCCUUAUCAAGAAGCCAUUUGUGCCGUCUAAGUCACUCAAACCAUUAACUGAUGUAAAUGACUUUGAACUUAACACAGACAAGAGAUCCAGAUCACGUGAAGCAUAUGACCAACGCAGGAAAGCCCUUGAAGCGGAGGCAGAAGCAUUGAAACGUCAACGAGAAAAACGACAAGAAGAACAAGAAAAAAUUGCUAUUGCAAAAUUAAGAGCAGAGAUGGUGCCCAAAUCUCAACCAGUGAAACAUUUUAAAACUGUUGAAGUUUUACCAAGUGAAAGACAACCCACAAUUCCAAUGUCACCUAAAUUCUCCACAGACAGUCGUCUGCGCAGUAGUGUGCGUGUGUGAAGAAGUGUAAGGUGAUUAAUAUAUGACAGCUGUAUAGAGUGAAGCUGUUACGAUUGGACAUUGAUGUUAAAGUACAUCUGAUUGAUAACAUCCUCUAAGUGGUGUACACUGCCCAGCAUGAGUUACUUUCCUUUGUGUGGGGUUAAUUGUAAAACGUACUUAUUGGAGUGGAA